AUGGACGACAGCGUGGGCCUCGACCCGGCCAGCUGGGCCCCCUGGACGCACCGGCCGUUCUGCGCCGACACAAAGUACUGCGUCUUCACCAACUCCAUGUUCCAGGGCAACCAUGGGGUGAGCAUCAUCACCACGCCCGAGAUCGCCGCCAGCUCGGUCGAUCUCCUUACGACCCUCAACGCGGCCCAGGACCCGCAACUCGGCAACCAAGCCCCCGACCCGCCGCCGUACGAGGUCAGGGAGAUCCCCGGGAGGGGCAUGGGGGUCGUGGCGACGCGGAGGAUCCGUCACGGCGAGAUCCUGAUGGUCGACUACGCCAGCAUCCUCGUCGACACCGAGUUCCCCGGCCGCGUCAGGAGGGAGAAGGGCCACCAGCUGCUGCAGCGGGCCAUGGAGCAGCUGCCCAACUCGGACGGGGUGCUGUCGCUCGCCCGGAGCAGCAAGGCCGGCGCGCCUCUCCCCGAGGACGUCAUGAGGACCAACACGUUUGGGAUGACUAUCAGUGAUCGCUCCCGCAUGGCGCUCUUUCCGAGGAUAUCGAGGAUGAACCAUGCGUGUAAUCCGAACGCAUUCACGCGAUUCUUGGAGAAGACUUUGGCCAAGCGAGUCGUGGCAUUCCGCGACAUCGAGGCUGGUGAAGAGAUCACAAUCAGCUAUCUCGAACCCGGGGUGUUGCACGCCGAGCGUCAGGAGAUGCUGCUCAAGAGAUGGGGCUUCAAGUGCAGCUGCUCGCUCUGUUCCGCGCCGGCAGAGGAGAUCGCAGCCUCGGACCGCCGCCGGGAGAGGGUCCAGGUGAUCAGGAAAGAAGUCCUCCAGCACGUCCAGAACCGAGACUUCCAAGGCGCCAUUGAACUGAACGCCGAGAUGCUGGAGCUCAUCCGCAAGGAAGAUCUGGCUCCACAUCUCGGGGAACAUUACGAGGUGUUGGCUCGGCUGUAUCUGGCGGCGACGGAUCUGAAGAACGCAAAGAUAUUUGCACAGCUCGCAUUGGAUGACUUGGAGGCGAAUGGCGGUGUCGACGUGUACGACGGGAUUGAGGAGCUCAGAACCAUACUUGGGUGGAACACCUAG